AUGGAAAGGGAUCGAGUUGCUGGAUCUUGCAACUCCCCUCCCUAUUUUGACGGUAAUAACUACGCUGCAUGGAGAGAAAAAUUUGAGAUAUUUCUUGAUGCUCUUGAUGAGUAUGCAAGUGAGUAUCUCACAAAAGAGUGGGUUGCUCAAGUCAAGACUGUUUUUGGUGAGGUUGUGCCCAAACCUAGGUCAGAAUGGACUGAAGCUGAGGUGUUUGGUGCAUAUUCAAACAAGAAGGCCAGAAAUGCGUUAGUUACAGCUUUGUCUAGCACACAAUUUGCACAUAUACAACAUAUCCCUAAUGCUAAACAAGCUUGGGAUAAACUAAGGGUGGUUCAUGAAGGGGAUGACCAAGUUAGAACCCUAAAACUUCAGAUGGUGCUUGCACAAUUUGAAGAACUUAGGAUGUCUGAAACUGAGUCUAUUUCUGAGUUCCAUGGGAGAGUUGAGAUGAUCACAAAUGAAGCCAUGAGUCUAGGUCAACCCAUUGAAGAGCUUCUUGUUGUUCAGAAAAUUCUUCGUGUUCUACCAUCUAGGUUUAGAGCAAAGAAAACCGCAAUCAUGGAGGUCCAAAAUUUAAAUGAAAUUAAGCUUGGCAAGCUUGUAGGAAAACUGAAAACCUAUGAGAUGGAAUUGAAUAUGGAAGAAAAUGACUCCAAAAAAUCAAAAAAUGUUGCACUUCAAGGAGUGCAUGUUUCCUCUCUGAAAGUUGAUGAAAAAUCCUCAGGUUUUGAGGAUGAGAUGGCCUUGUUUGUCAAAAAAUUUAGGAGAAUUCUUAAGGAUAAGGGAAAGUUUGCUAGAGAGGGCAGCUCUGGUAGUGAGAAACUGUUUAGACCAUCAACUGAUCGGUCUAAUGAGAGGAAUAAGGAUGUCAAACCUUUCACGAAAGAUUUCAGAAAAUCUGUCAAGUGCUUCACAUGUGGAGGCAUUGGACACUAUGCUGCUGACUGUGCAAACAAUCAGAAAAAAUACUCCAAAGGAAAGGACAAGGCCAUGAAAGUGAGCUGGAGUGAGAGUGAAAGUGAAGGGUCUCAAGAGGAUUCAUCUUCCUCUGAUGUUGAUGACCAACAUGUUGCCUUUGUUGCCUCUGUGCAGCCCAUGUCUGAUGAAUCUGAUUCCGAGUCAGAUGACCUGUCAUACGAGUCAUUAGGAAGAAAAUAUGAUUGUUUGUUUAAAGAGACCUUGUGUUUGAAAGAAGAGAGCCUCAAACUUGAGGUUAAUAACCAAGAUCUUCAACAUGAAAUUCUCAUCCUAAAAGAAACCAAAAAGGAGUUAAGUGACAAAUUUGAGUCUCUAGAAAAAGAAAGUGAUGCUCUUGUGUCAAUUAGGAGUAACCUUGAGAAUCAAGUUAAUGUGCUCAAGGAAAGUAACAUUGGUUUCCAGAACUCAAACAAACAGCUCCUAGGUGAAUUGAAUGAAGCAAAUAGGAAGAUUAUAUCUAUGACCAUUGGUGCUUCAAAAAUUGACAAAAUGUUGAAUAUGGGAAAAGUUCAUGGGGACAAAGGUGGCCUUGGAUUUAAUCACUUUGGUUCUAGUUCGUCUAGCUUUACCACUAAUUUUGUCAAAUCAGAAACUCCAGUCACUGUACCUCUUGAUAUUCAGCAGGUUGUCAAGAAACCUAAGUUUGUUCCAACUUGUCACAGGUGUGGGUUGACUGGUCAUAUUCGACCAGUCUGUCAUAUGUUUAGCAAAGAUAAAACCAGAAAAUUGUCUUCAAAAUCUAAAAGGAAUCCCAGAUCUUUGCAAGAUCAAGUUGAUCAUUUGAUGAAUGAAGUUACUAAGAUAGCCAAACUUGUCUCCCUCAAAAUGAGUUCUCCCAUUGUGCCUAAGUCUACUUGGAUUGCAAGAGGUCAUACCAAAUCUCUUGUUGUGCUAAAUGCCUUUGCUGCUUCAAACACCAACUCUUGGUAUUUUGAUAGUGGUUGUUCCAAACAUAUGUCUGGGGAUAAAAAUGUUUUCUCAUCCCUCACCCCCUUUGAUGGAGGCACUGUGACUUUUGGUGGAGGUCAUAGGUCUCAAGUUGUUGGAAAAGGUACUGUUUGUAUCCCUGGUCUGCCCGAGCUUAAGAAUGUUAGAUUUGUUGAGGGUCUCACAUCCAAUCUCAUUAGUGUGAGUCAGCUGUGUGACGAUGGAAUAGUAGAGGUUAGAUUCUCCAAGCAUGGCUGCAAAAUCAUUGGAAAAGGUGACAAUGAGAUUGUUAGCGUGGCAAGGUCUAGGGACAAUUGCUACUUCUUUGAUGGUGUCAAUGAUGCAAAAAAAGUAUUUUGCAACAAGGUUGUAAAUGAAACAAGUGUUUUGUGGCAUCAAAGGCUUGGACAUGUGAAUUUUAGAGACUUGCAUAAAUUGUCCAAGAGAGAGUUAGUAAGUGGUCUACCAAAGCUUGAAAAAUCUGACCUGCAUGUUUGUGAAGGAUGUCAAUUAGGCAAACAAGUUAGAGUGUCACACAAAAAGGUUAAACACAUUCAAACUAAUGUUAGUCUAGAACUUGUUCACAUGGAUCUUGUUGGUCCUAUCCAAACCAUGUCCCUUGGUGGAAAGAAAUAUAUUCUUGUCAUGGUUGAUGAUUUCUCUAGGUUCACUUGGGUCUCAUUCUUACGUGAGAAAUCUGAAACCUUCCAAAGGUUUAAGUCUGUUUGUCACCUUUUGCAAAAAGAGAAGAUGACUAGUCAUCUACCUCUUGUUAGAAUUAGAACAGAUCAUGGCACUGAAUUUGAGAAUUCUCAGUUUCUGAAAUUUUGUGAAGAAAUGGGAAUUAAACAUGAGUUCUCUGCACCUAUUACACCUCAGCAAAAUGGUGUUGUGGAGAGAAAGAAUAGGGUGCUUGUAGAAAUGGCAAGGGUGAUGCUAAAUAGCAAAAAUCUUGCUAAACACUUUUGGGCUGAAGCUGUCAAUACAGCUUGUUACAUCUCAAACAGGGUAUUUGUGAGGUCUGGUACCAAACAAACUCCCUAUGAGAUUUGGAAAGGAAAGAAGCCUAAUGUGUCAUAUUUUAGGGUCUUUGGUAGCACAUGCUAUAUUUUGAGAGAUAGGGAGCAUCUUGCUAAGUUUGAUUCUAAGUGUGAUAAGGGAAUAUUUCUAGGGUAUUCCACCUCAAGCCGAGCCUAUAGAGUGUACAACUGUAGGUCCAGAACCAUCAUUGAAUCCAUAAAUGUCACUAUUGAUGAUUUUGCUGCAUCUACAGAGAUGGCAUUGGAUGAGGAUGAUCUUUUACCUCCUCCUCCUCCUGAGCAAGAAUCUCCAGGUCUGGAUCUUGUGGUUGACCUGUCAACUUUUGGAAAUUCUGUCCCGGUUGACCUGUCAACUUUUUCAACUUCUAGUUCCAUCCCAUCUGUCCAGGCUGCCAGCUCUCAUACUGAUCUUAGUCCUCUCACUCAAACUGAGAGUGUCAUUAUUGGCCCUCUUAAUCAGGGAGUGAGAACUAGGAAGCAACUUGCUCAAGAAAUUAGCCAUGUGUGUUAUGUCUCCAAGGAAGAGCCUAGAAAUGUGAAAGAAGCCCUACACCAUGGUGAAUGGUUUCUUGCAAUGCAGGAAGAAUUAAAUCAAUUUGUGAGAAAUGAUGUUUGGUACCUUGUUCCUAGACCAGUCAACACAAAUGUCAUAGGCACUAAGUAG